AUAUCUUGGUUAAAUCACACAAGUAUUUCCGCAGUUACCAAAGUCCUCUCCCUUUGCCUCUUGGUCAUGAACACAUUGUUGAGAAGGUGCUGAAAGGUUUAAAGGAGCAGAUUUGGAUCAAAGAAUGAAAGAGUCAAUGGAAGAGGCUGGCUUUCCAACUUUACAGUUGGUUUUAUUUCAUGAUGCAAGUGCUCCUUAAGUGCAAGAAAAAUUGCACGGACCAUAACUCUGACUUUGAAGAAACAAGUGUCUCUUUUUACUUCCCAAAAAUACAGAGGUUUGAAAGGCAAGGAUUUAGAGAGCUAAGCCACCCCAUAUCCAUCUCAGGAAACUCCGAGGCCCUCUGGUCUUCCUCUGCAGUGACGGCACUUAAUCACACUCGCAGAGCUGUAAUGGACUUCACGUGCUUCGUCCCUUUCUUCUCCUCCUCCAACGAUCGUCUCUCCUCUUUCAGAGGGAUGUAGGGUCACGAGAAUGGGGAAACACCUUCCAUGGAGAAAACACACAUGCACUUUCACAACACACACACACACAGAGCUCCUCGCUGAGUUCUGAAUGGUGAGAGAACGGCACAUGCUGUAUGAGACGAACAUGGAUAGCAACAAUUCUCCAAACUUAAGUCUUCAAAUGGCUUGAAGGAGACGUAAAUGGACCCACAAUCCUCGUUUUCUGAACAUUGAAGACUCAGGAGAACCAGAGACAAAGCAGAGCAGAGAUACAGGGGAAAGAAGAGAAAAAGGUUUCUCUGUCACCUGAUUAGUGGAACUUUAACAUGGGAUGAGCUCCUGACAUCACUUAAGCUGUGCACCAGUGUAUCCUGACUGAGAGCCCGACCAGAUUUUGGCUUCUGAGCUGUGACCCCCUUACCCUGGAGGGGCAGGGGGGGUCGACAGGGAGAAAAUGCGGUGUACCACCCUGUUGGCCCUGCUGACGGGGGUUGUGCUGUACCUGGUGAUGGGAGCGCUUGUUUUCGGCACCCUUGAAUACCCUGAGGAGAAUUUGGCAUACAAAGACCUUCUCACUACCAAGAAGACCUUCCUGGAUAAUAACACCUGUGUCACCGAGGAGGACUUCCACAAGCUUGUGAAGAGAGUGGUGUCUGCGGUGGAGGCAGGCCUGGAUGUGAACAACAUUCCUCACAACUUCACCAGCCGCUGGGACCUGGCCUCCGCCAUCUUCUUCUGUGGUACCAUCAUUACCACCAUAGGUUUUGGGAACCUGUCUCCUCGGACGUGGUACGGCCAGUUGUUCUGCGUGUGCUACGCCCUGGUGGGCAUCCCCAUGUUUGGCAUAUUGCUCGCUGGAGUGGGUGACCACAUGGGCACAGUGCUGCGGAGAGCUGUGGCCAAGAUUGAGACCCUCUUCCUGAAGCGUAAGGUCAGGCCAACCACUGUGCGUGUGAUCUCAGCGGUCCUCUCCAUCCUGAUUGGUUGUCUUAUCUUCCUCGCUGUGCCAACUGUCGUGUUUCAGAACGUGGAGCACUGGUCAUUUCUAGAGUCCCUCUACUUUGUGGUCAUCACCCUCACUACUGUUGGCUUCGGAGACUACGUACCAGGUGCUGGUGGCGGCUGGUUCUUUAAGCCUCUGGUGUGGUUGUGGAUAGUGUUUGGUCUUGCCUACUUUGCCUCCAUUCUCACCAUGAUAGGCAACUGGCUGAAAGUGCUGUCUAAGAGGACGCGCGCUGAGAUGGAGGAGUUGAGGGCCCACGCUACAGACUGGACCCAGAACAUCCAGAAUAUGUCCAUGGACUUCCGCAUCCCUAACCCUCUGGAGUUUAACGACCCUUUCCUCCUGCAGCGCCGGCGCUGGAAACGCAGUGAGCGUCGGCGCAUCCGUCGGGGAGCCGAGGGCACUCUGGGGUACUUGGCUCGAGGAGGAUCUGAGAAUGGACACCUGCCGAACCGCUGGGUCGGCCUCUCUAGCUCCAUGAGUCAGCUGGAGGCCCAUUCCUCUCUUGAGAGGGCGUUGGCAGCCAAGUCCAGGACACGGGUCAGUGCUGCUGGAGUUGGAACGGUCUCCAAAUUGGUGCCUGCAUUGAGGGUUGACACCGCUGUGGGCCUGCAGUUGGAGGGCAGGUUGUUUCCUCACAUGUUGACCCGCUCAUUCUCCCUCCCUGUGGCCCACUCCACCUUAGAGCUGGACUCUGCAGGUGCAGCCAUGCUGGAAGGACCCCUCACUGGAUCUGAAUCUUCUUUUGACUCCAGAUCAGAUGUCUCCUCUGUCUCCUUGUCCUCCUUGGCACUCCGCAAGUUCCCCCAGUGCCAUACAGUCAGCAGCAUGGAGGUGGGAGGGGUGAAAACCGCAGACAUGAACGCAGCACAAGAGAAAGACCAGCUGAUUCCAGCAAAGAAAUGUGGAACUGUAGACAACAAAAGCUACAGACAUGAACCUGCUCCUGGUUUGCUUCCUCGCUUCUCCCCUGUUCCUUCUUCUCGCCCUCCUUCUUGCCACUCAAUUCACCUGCCCUCCCCUCCCCUCCAUGCUGCCUCCAUACCCAGCUGCCAGCUGCUGGAUUUCUUCGGAGAGAAUCUGGCAUACAUUGACGAGUCCUCGGACACUCUGAGUGACCGCGCCCAGCCAGGAGCAAGAGAGGAGAGGAGGAGACGGCCACGAAAGCCCAAGAGGAGGAGCAUGAGGAAGCAUCUGUCACACAGCUGGAGCCCCGUGCAGGUGAGGAGGCCCGACAGUGACAUGCAGCCGCCGUCAAAUCCCCCCACACCGCCUCCAGAGUCAUCUCUUUCAGACGUGCCCCGAUCAGAGAACCAGGCCGGUUCAUUUCCAACACUCUGACACCACACUAACGUGUCAUAAAGCUGUGGGUUGACACUCUCCAAGACCACUUAGAUUCUAAGAACAUAUUUAACACAUGCAGAUCUCAACCUUCAUAAAUAAAGCUGAUGUUCCAGGAUAUUUAUUAUUUGAGGUUAGCCUCACAAAGUCAGCCCACAAGUUUUGCUUUAUUACUUUCUGAUCUGACAUAGCCCAGUGGACAUUUGUUCAAUGCAGGAAAUCCUUCUUAUGGGCUGUACAAUAGAUGAUCGACACUGCCUCCUUUCAGACAUGGAAAUGAUUAACAUGAACCAGUUGUACUCCAGACUGAAUAAUUGCAUCAAUCACUGGUCUGUCACUGAUAUUUGCUUCAGAGUAAACAAGACUAAGAGUCUACAGCCAUGCAAGCAGCUCUGUGAGACUGUACAUCUACAGUAUACAUCUGUAACUAUGACUUAAUUGUGCCAACAAAUCAUAUGAACUCAAUUGUGCCUUCUACACUCAAUGUCCUUAUUAAUCAAGCAAGUCCCAGUGAGCACCGAAGAAAAUAACACGCAUGCGGUCUUUGCGACAAUUACCAGAAAUAUGUCACAAAAAGUGUCUGUUAGGACCUUUCCCUUUAUUCUCAAUGGGAUAUGAAUGUGUCUACAAAAUGUCCUGGCAAUCCAAUCAACAGUAGUGGAGACAUCUCCCUCCAUGCAACAAAUGUCAAUCUCUUGGUGGGGUAAGAGGAAAAAGUCAGAAGAUUACCAAAAUCAGUAGGAUUAAUUACCUGGGAAUCAUGAAUGUCUGUACAAAGUUGCAUGAACACUCAUCCAGAAGUUGUUGAGAAAACAAGAUCAUUAGAUAAAUCUAAAGAGAGAGAGAAAGAAGCUUUUCAAAAGAGGAAAUCCAGCUUUUUUUUUAAAUCGACCACACCUGGUGUGUAAACAGUUGGUCACAGGUUCCAGUGGUUUAAAUAGACUAUGAGUCACAUUAUCCAGACAUCGUUACGCAUAAUUAUCUACUUUCUUGAGCUGUCUUUUAGCCACUGAGCUUAAUCGAUUCUCGGCAGGCGUAUUCAGAAUUAACUCCAAUAUUUAAGUUGGAUUUGUGAGGCAAACACUUGACGACUGACUAACAGCUUCACAAUCAGUGCAGUGUUUUGAGAUCCCAUCAAAAUAUAAUAAUACCCAUAUACGAAAUACAACAUUAAAAGAGAAAAAGAACAGCGGACAAGAGCAGAGGAGUUAUUUACGCAGCAGAGGCCAUUUAUUUAAAUAAAUUUGACUUGUUUAGGGUGUCAUCUGCAGACAAAAUUGAUUACAAUACACAAUGCGUCAGAAUCUGGGUGGCUUACCAACCCCGGCUUUUAAAAACAUUACCGGGGAAAACCCUGCAGUGGGUGGGGAACCGGAACCACAACAGUACAUUAUCAUCAAAGCACAGUUGGGACAUCAUUCGCCCUCAGACCAGUGUCAGUCCCUUGUGGGAUGCUGUCAUACAACACGAUUGAAGUCUUUAUUCAAGAUUUAAACUAUCGAGUUGCUUGAUGCACGAAACAGGUGGCUGACUGCUGCUGGUUUGUGAAACUCCUCUUGAAUGUUUUUAUGGGUAAAAAA